CUUUUGUCUGUUUCCCUUUUCUUUCUUUUUUGGAAGCCCUGUUGAAAGAGUUGAGACAGUUUUGUAUUCUACCAUGCAUAACUACAGACUAGCACUCACCAGUGAACUACAGAAGGAUGGUAAGAUACUAGACAUCUCUUCAUUUUAGAGGGAACAUGGAAACAUCAUUUGUCUUGUUUUCUCAAUUAAAUAUGUGUGAAACAAAAGAAAAAGCUUUUUUCAAGUUAAUACAUGGUGGUCUAGGAAAAGAAGCAGCGAGCAAAGAGGCCAAAACCAGAGCCAAGGAAAAAAGAAAUAGGCUAAGUCUUCUUGUGCAGAAACUUGAGUCACAUGAAGAGACCCACUCCAGUAGAUUUGAGGCCUUGUCCAAAGAAUUGAGAGUCUCCCCUGAAGAAGCAGUGAAAUGGGGUGAAUCAUUUGACAAACUGCUAUCCCAUAGAGAUGGACUGGAUGCUUUUACCAGAUUUCUUAAGACUGAAUUCAGUGAAGAAAAUAUCGAAUUUUGGAUAGCCUGUGAAGAUUUCAAGAAAAACAAGGAACCUCAACAAAUUACACUUAAAGCAAAAGCAAUAUAUGAGAAAUUUAUACAGAGUGAUGCUCCCCAAGAGGUUAACCUUGAUUUUCACACCAAAGAAGUCAUUACUAAGAGCAUCACCCAACCUACCCUCCACAGUUUUGAUGCUGCACAAAGCAGAGUAUAUCAGCUCAUGGAACAAGACAGCUACACGCGUUUUCUGAAAUCUGACAUCUAUUUAGAAUUGAUAGAAGGAAGACCUCGGAGACCCACAAAUCUUAGGAGACGAUCACGCUCAUUUACCUAUAAUGAAUUCCAGGAUGUGAAAUCAGAUGUUGCCAUUUGGCUAUAAGGAAAAUUGGUUUAUCUCAUUUUGAUGGUAAACUUGUAUCUCAGCUUCUAAGAUAUAAUAUGUUUGCAUUAAGAAAUUAUUCUAUCUUUUAAAAUGUACCACAUGAAAGAAUUUUAAAAAUAUAAAUCAAAGCUUU